AUGCCAGUAUUGGGAUUGUUUUUAGUGGGAUCACCUUUCAAACUGGGAUUUCACUGCGAUGACAGAAGUAUACAGUACCCCUACCAUCAUGAUAGUGUGACAGUACCGGUACUAUUAGCUGGUGGAUUGGGAAUACCAUUUAUCACUAUUAUCAUGACGGAGGUAUGUCGUAUGUUAAUACGAAGUAGGAAUGAUAAGAGACCGUCUGAAAUUUGGAUCGCGGCUAAAGGAAUUGGUCUGUUUUUAUUUGGUACUAUGGUAACUAAAGUCUUUACUGAAGUCAUCAAGUUUUCAACUGGAAGAUUACGACCACAUUUCAUAGAUUUAUGUCGACCGGACUUCUCUAAGAUUAACUGUAGUAUUGGGUAUAUUAUGGAAUAUGAAUGCACGAAUAAUGAAGUCAGUGAAAAGUUGUUAAGAGCCAGUCGACUAUCGUUUCCUUCGGGACAUUCAUCGUUUGCCACAUUUUCAGCUGUGUUUGUUGUGCUGUAUCUGCAAUACAGAAUGGUAGUAAGUUUUUCCCACCUGUUGCGACCAGUAUUACAGAUGUCAGUAAUAUUAUUGGCUGUAUGGUGUGGUGUUACUAGAGUCACAGAUAAUAAACAUUUUACAUCAGAUGUUUUAGGUGGAUCUAUUCUAGGCAGUGGAUUAGCCUGUAUAAUAGUAAGUCUUUAA